AUGAAACCUGACUCUGUGGAAGAAGGACGUCCUCCUACUCAGCGACCACCUGUGGCAUAUCACCCGCCAAAUAACGCACCAGAUUCGAACCCUUUGCCUUCCUACCCACCACCCAAUUACGCGCCUUCCGCGGGCUCUCACAUUCCUCCGGUACCUUAUCCUCCUGGCCCUGGACCUCAGGAUCCGUAUGGUCGUGGUCAUGUCCCUCAAAGUUACCCACCACGUGAGACCUAA